CAUGACGCCCUGGUCUUCUGUUCCGUUUCCUUUGCAGCUGAGGCCGCUGCUCCUUUUCCUGGGGACACAGGCGGCCCUGGCAGCCGGCUCGGAACUGGGUGGCCCCAACCCGAAUGCAGCCGGGAGCCCCUCCAGCGAUCUCUGUGAGGCUGGCCAGUACGUCAGCACGGACUGCACCAUGGGCCAGGCCGUAAGGUGCUGUCCGUGCCCACCCGACUCCUUCCUGGCCCACCCCAGCAGGGCACAGUCCUGCUCGCCGUGCACGCAGUGCCGGGAAGACCAGGAGAUGGUGAGUGACUGCACCCCGACACAGGACAGGAAGUGCCAGUGCAAGACCGGGGAGUUCUACUGCGACUCUGAGCAUUGCCUUGAGGGCUGCAACCCCUGCACCAGAUGCCCCGAGGGGAAGAUCGUCCUGCAGACGUGCAACGCCACGGCGGACACCCUGUGCGGCCGGCCCGGCCCAGGGCCAGGGAGCCGACACCGGUUCUGGGGGAUGGCGGGCUGGCUCUUUGCCGCGGUGGCCGGGGCCCUCGUCAUUCUCUGCGUCAGGAAACCCGGAGACGGAGGCGGCCGGGCGGCCUGCUGCUGUCCCCAUGCAGGACCUGUCUCCACAAGAUGGACUUUCAGAAGAGACAGCCUGGAGAGCUCCAUGCCCUUGGGUUCAUCGCCUGAGACCCCAGAUGCAGACGCUCCGGUCCCCACGACGGGCGCCCUCCACCUGCCUGAAGACCGGCUGGACGUGGCGUCCGAGUCCCUGAUCCUCCCCGGGACCCCGGAGAGCCCGGCGGGAGACGGCCCGCGGCCGGAGGCGGAGGCAGGUGACGAGGCCGGGCCCCAGGCCAGUCACCACGACCUGACCCUUCUUCACCCCCUGUCCCCCGGGCCUGAGGGUCCGGCUGAGGUCCCGAGGGAUCUUGUGGGCACAAAGGGGCCACCUGCUGCUGCUGAGGAGCUCAGGAGGCCUGCGGGGCUGCCUUACUGCCUCGGAGACCAGGUGACCACACAGGACGGUCUGAAAUCAAAACUUUCCGAGCCUGGCCAGAGUGGCUCAGUGGUUAGCAUGUUGGACGGUCCACGGAAGCGUCAGAAGUUCCAUUUCUGGUCCAGGGCUCGGGCCUGGGUUUCAAGUUCACUCCCCACCCGUCAGAGCCCCUGCGUGAGACAGCCAGUGGAUGAGUUUCUCUCUUGCCCCCAUCACUCCAUGUCUUAUUUCUCCUUUGGAGACUCCAGGGAAAACAUAUCCUCAAAGGAGGAUUAACAAAAUAGAACAAGUGUCUGCCCGGCCGGUGUGGCUCAGUGGUGAGGCAUCGACCUAGGAACCAGGAGGUCAGGAUUCGCUCUCCCGGCGGGGCAGGUGCCGGGGUUGUGCGCUGGAUCCCGGUGUGGGGCGCGCAGGAGGCAGCCAAUCAGUGGUUCUCUCUCAUCACUGAAGUUUCUCUCUCUCCCUCUCCCUUCCUCUCUGAAAUCAAUAAAGACAUAUUUUUAAAAAGAAAAGGAUGCGUCCAUUGCAGCAACAAGUGCGUAAGCGGCCUGGGCCGCACCUGCAGACGGGCCGGCCGACGUGCGAGGGAUCGUCAAACGGAGGAAAGGAGCCGAGUGGAGGGGCGGCUGCCUGUGGCCCGCAGGGCAGAGUCCCGAUUGGAGCGAUGUCAGCGAGAGGAGCCCAACCACCCAGGCCGCCGCAAUCAUGCUUUUCUGUGUGUGUGUGUGUGUGUGUGUGUGUGUGAGUGUGUGUGAGUGUGUGAGUGUGUGUGUGUAUGUGUGAAUGU